AUGAACAACGUUGUUAUAGAGAAAUCUGACUGUGGGAAAGAUUUGGGAGUAACGAUAAGUCGGAUUCUUAAACUAAGUCAACAGUGUGUAUUUGCUCGAAACAAGGCAAACAAAGUGCUUGGGUUCGUGCAAAGGCAUCUUCAAGCUCCCCACCAGAAGACCUCAAGCUCCCCACCAGAAGACCUCAAGCUCCCCACCAGAAGACCUCAAGCUCCCACCAGAAGACCUCAGCUCCCCCACCAAGAAGACCUCAGCUCCUCCCACCAGAAGACCUCAGCUCCCUACCAGAAGACCUCAAGCUCCUCACCAGAAGAUCUCAAGCUCCCCACCAGAGACCUCAAGCUACUCACCAGAAGACCUAGCUCCCCACCAGAAGACCUCCAAGCUACUCACCAGGAGACCUCAAGCUACUCACCAGAAGACCUCCAAGCUACUCACCAGAAGACCUCAAGCUACUCACCAGAAGACCUCAAGCUGCUCUGCCAGAGACCUAAAGUCCACCAGAGACCUCAAGCUACUCACCAGAGACCUCAAGCUACUCACCAGAGACCUCAAGCUCCCCACCAGAGGCCUCAAGCUCCCCACCAGAAGACCUCAAGCUACUCACCAGAAGACCUCAAGGCUCCCCACCAGAGACCUCAGCUCCCCACCAGAGCCUCAAGCUACUCACCAGAAGACCUCAAGCUCCCCACCAGAGACCUCAAGCUACUCACCAGAGACCUCAGCUGCUCACCAGGCCUCCAGCUCCCCCACCAGAAGACCUCAAGCUCCCCACCAGAAGACCUCAGCUCCCCACCAGAAGACCUCAAGCUCCCCACCAGAGACCUCAGCUCCCACCAGAAGACCUCAAGCUCCCCCACCAGGAGGCCUCAAGCUCCCACCAGAAGACCUAAGCUCUCCACCGAAGACCUCAAGCUCCCCCACCAGAAGACCUCAAGCUCCCCAGAAGACCUCAAGCUACUCACCAGAAGACCUCAAGCUCCCCACCGAAGACCUCAAGCUACUCACAGAAGACCUCAGCUCCCCACCGAAGACCUCAAGCUCCCCAGAAGACCUCAAGCUACCCACCAGAAGACCUCAAGCUCCCCCACCAAGAACCUCAGCUCCCACCAGAAGACCUCAAGCCUCACCAGAAGACCUCUGCUACUCACCAGAAGACCUCUGGGUUACUCACCAGAAGACCUCUGCUACUCACCAGAAGACCUCAAGCUCCUCACACCAGAAGACCUCAAGCUCCCCACCAGAAGACCUCAAGCUACUCACCAGAAGACCUCAAGCUCCCAGAAGAGACUCAAGCUCCCCACCAGAAGACUAAGCUACUCACCCAGAAGACCUCAAGCUCCCCACCAGAAAGAAGACCCUUCAAGCUACCACCAGAAGACCUCAAGCCCCCACCAGAAGACCCUCCAAGCUCCCCACCAGAAGACCCCAGCUCCCCUGCAGAGACCUCAGCCCCCACCAGAAGACCCCAAGCCCCCACCAGAAGACCCCAGCUCCUCAACAGAAGACUCAAGCCUCCACCAGAAGAUCUCAAGCUCCCCACCAGAACUCAAGGCUCCCCACCAGAAGACUCGCUCUCCCACCAGAAGACCCCUGCUACUCCACCAGAAGACUGUUGCUACCACAGAAGACCCUGGCUCCCACCAGAGACCUCCAGCUCCCCACCAGAGAUCUCUUAAGGUUACCCACCAGAAGACCUCAAGCUCCCCACCAGAAGACCAAGCUCCCCACCAGAAGACCUCAAGCUCCCCACCAGAAGACUCAAGCUACUCUCACCAGAAGACCCUCAAGCUCCCACCAGAAGAACCUGCUACUCACCAGAAGACUAAGCUACUCACCAGAAGACCCUGCUACUCACCAGAAGACCUCAAGGUCUCCACCAGAAGACUCUUCUACUCACCAGAACUCAAGCCACUCACCAGAAGACCUCAAGCUCCCCACCAGAAGCCUCCCAGCUCCCCACCAGAAGACCUCUGCUACUCACCAGAAGACCUUAAGCUCCCCACCAGAAGACCCCAAGCUCCUCACCAGAAGACCUCCCUGCUACUCACACCAGAAGACCAGCUCCCCACCAGAAGACCCUGCUACUCACCAGAAGACCCCACUCUCACCUCCAGAAGACCCUGCCCCCACCAGAAGACCUCAAGCCCCACCAGAAGACCUCAAGCUCCCACCAGAAGACCUCAAGCUCCCCCACCAGAAGACCCUCAAGCUCCCCACCAGAAGACCUCAAGCUCCCACCAGAAGACCUCACUAAGCCUCGCUUCCCACCAGAAGACCUCAAGCUCCCCACCAGAAGACCUCAAGCUCCCCACCAGAAGACCCUGCUACUCCACCAGAAGACCUCAAGCUCCCCACCAGAAGACUCCUGCUACUCACCAGAAGACCCUCAAGCUCCCCACCCAGAAGACCCUCAAGCUCCCCCACCAGAAGACCUCCUGCUACCCACCAGAAGACCUCAAGCUCCCCACCAGAAGACCCUCAGCUCCCCACCAGAAGACCUCAAGCUCCCCACCAGAAGACCUCAAGCUCUCACCAGAAGACCUCAAGCUCCUCACCAGAAGACCUCCGCUUACUCACCAGAAGACCUCAAGCUCUCACACCAGAAGACCUCAAACUCCCACCAGAAGACCUCCUCCCCACCAGAAGACCUCAAGCUCCCACCAGAAGACUCCUCGUAUUCCACCAGAAGACCUCAAGCUCCACCAGAAGACCUCAAGCUCCCACCACCAGAAGACCUGCUACCACCAGAAGACUCCAAGCCCCACCAGAAGACCUCUGCUAGCUCUCACCAGAAGACCUCUGCUACUCACACCAGAAGACCUCAAGCUACUCACCAGAAGACCCUCAAGCUACUCACACCAGAAGACCUCAAGCUCCCCACCAGAAGACCUCAAGCUCCCCACCAGAAGACCUCAAGCUCCCCACCAGAAGCACCUCAAGCUCCCCCACCAGAUCUGCUCCCCCACCAGAAGACCUCAAGCUCCCCACCAGAAGACCUCAAGCUCUCCACCAGAAGACCUCAAGCUCCCCACCAGAAGACUCCUCAAGCUCCCACACCAGAAGACCUUGCUACCCACCAGAAGACCCUCAAGCUACUCACCAGAAGACCUCAUGCUCUCACCCAGAAGACUCUGCUUACCCACCAGAAGACCUCAAGCUCCCCACCAGAAAACUCUCAAGCUACCCAACACCAGACACUCUCAAGCUCCUCCACCAGAAGACCUCAAGCUCCUCACCAGAAGACCUCAAGGCUCCCCACCAGAAGACCUCAAGGCUCUUCACACCAGAAGACCUCAAGCCCUCACCAGAGAGAACUCAAGCUACUCACCAGAAGACCUCGCUACUCACCAGAAGACCUUGCUACUCUCACACCAGAAGACUCCAAGCUCCCCACCACCAGAAGACCCUCAAGCUCCCACCAGAAGACCUCGCUACUCACCAGAAGACCCCUGCUUCCCCCACCAGAAGACCUCAAGCUCCCCCACCAGAAGACCUCAAGCUGCCACUCCACCAGAAGACCAAGCUACUCUCCACCAGACCUCAAGCUACUCUCCACACCAGAAGACCUCUGCUACCACCACCAGAAGACCUCAAGCCUCCCACCAGAAGACCUCAAGCUCCCCACCAGAAGACCUCCAAGCUCCCACCAGAAGACCUCAAGCUCCCACCAGAAGACCUCAAGCUCCCCACCAGAAGAUCCUCUGCCUCCACCAGAAGACCUCAAGCUCCCCACCAGAAGACCUCAAGCUCCCCACCAGAAGACCCUGCUUCCCAGAAGACCUCCAAGCUCCCCCACCAGAAGACCUCCUAAGCUACUCACCAGAAGACCCAAAGCUCCCCACCAGAAGACCUCAAGCUCUCCACCAGAAGACCCUGCUCCUCACACCAGAAGACCUGCCUCCACCAGAAGACCUCAAGCUAUCACCAGAAGACCUCAAGCUCCUCACCAGAAGACCUCAAGCUCCCCACAGAAGACCUCAAGCUACUCACCAGAAGACUAAGCUCACCAGAAGACCUCGCUCCCCACCAGAAGACCUGCUACUCCACCAGAAGAAGCCUGCCUCACCAGAAGACCCUGCUCCCCACCAGAAGACCUCAAGCUACCUCACCAGAAGACCUCGCUUCUCCACCAGAAGACCUCCGGGCUCCCCACCAGAAGACCUGCUCCCCAACCAGAAGACCCCAAGCUUCCACCAGAAGAGACCUGCUCCCACCAGAAGGACCCUCAAGCUCCCCCACCAAGAAGACCUCGCCUCACCAGAAGAACCUGCUUCCACCAGAAGACCUUCAGCUCUCCACCAAGACCUGCUACCCACCAGAAGACCAAGCUACUCACCAGAAGACCUCAAGCUCCCCACACCAGAAGACCUCAAGCUCCCCACCAGAAGACUCAAGCUACUCUCACCAGAAGACCUCAGCCUCCACACCAGAAGACCUUCCCCACCAGAAGACCUCAGCUACUCACCAGAAGACCUCAAGUCACCAGAAGACCUCAAGCUCCCCACCAGAAGACCUCAAGCUCCCCACCAGAAGACCUCAAGCUCCCCACCAGGAAUUGCUUACUCACCAGAAGACCUCAAGCUCUCACCAGAAGAACCUCAAGCUUCCACCAGAAGACUCCUGCUACUCUCCACCAGAAGACCUCAGCUCCCACCAGAAGACCUCAAGCUACUCACCAGAAGACCUCCUGCUACUCACCACCAGAAGACCUCAAGCUAUCACACCAGAGCUCAGCUCCCACCAGAGACCUCGUUUUACCCACCAGAAGACCUCAAGCUCCCCCACCAGAAGACCCUCGCUCCCCAAUCAGAAGACCCUCAAGCCCCACCAGAAGACCCCAAGCUCCCCACCGAAGACCUAAAGCUACCCACCCAGAAGACCUCAAGCUCCCACCAGAAGACCCUGCUACUCACUAGAAGACUCUCUCUCAAGCCCCCACCAGAAGACUCCAGCUUCCCACCAGAAGACCUCAAGCUCCCCACCAGAAGACCUCAAGCCCCCACCAGAAGACCCCCAAGCCCCCACCAGAAGACCUCAAGCUACCCACCAGAAGACCUCAAGCUCCCACCAGAAGACCCUUCAAGCUCCCACCAGAAGACCUCAAGCUCCCACCAGAAGACCUCUGCUCACCCACCAGAAGACCUCAAGCUCCCCACCAGAAGACCUCUAGCUACUCCACCAGAAGACUUCGCUACCACCGAAGACCUCAAGCUCCCCCACCAAAGACCUCAAGCUCCCCACCAGAAGACCUCCAAGCUUCCCACCAGAAGACUCCAGCUACUCUACCAGAAGACCUCAAGCUCCCCACCAGAAGACCUCAAGCUCCCCAAUUGCAGAAGACCUCAAGCUCCCCACCAGGAAGACUCUGGGUUCCCCACCAGAAGACCUCAAGCUCCCACCAGAAGACCUCAAGCCCCCACCAGAAGACCAAGCUCCCCCACCAGAAGACCUCAAGCCCCCCAAGAAGACCUCAAGCUCCCACCAGAAGACUGCUCUCCAAGAAGACUCGCUCCCGAGAAGACUCCAAGCUCCCCACCAGAAGACCCUCAAGCUCUCACCAGAAGACCUCAAGCUCCCCACCGAAGACCAAGCUUCCCCACCAGAAGACCUCAAGCUCCCCACCAGAAGACCUCGCUUCCACCAGAAGACCUAAGCUCCCACCAGAAGACCUCAAGCUCCCCACCAGAAGACCUCAAGCUCCCCACCAGAAGGAAACGAACUCAUCAUUGGUCACUUCCUCUGUGUAUUCUUACGCUGGUGUAUCUCGAGUCUCUGGUAGCUUCAAGAACAUGUUUAUACGUCACUUCAUUCAAGACUUUAAAGAAUAUUAUUACUCUGAAAACUUUCUGUAUCUACUUAAAGAAACAUUACUAG